AAACGCAUUAAAUAUAUAUUCAAUUAUGAGAAUACAUAUUAUUUUUGUGGCCUUGUCCGUCUCACUUGCUUAUGGUUUUUCCACAACACUUCCACCUGGAGGUAUACAAUGGAAAAACUGCACUAGACCUAAUGAAUACUACGAUUGUGGUAGCGCUUGCCAGACUGAGUGUAAAACCUUGGGUCAACAAUGUCCCAUAAUAAACAAGAGGUGUAAUGACGACUGCUAUUGCAUCGUUGGUUAUGCUAGGGACAACAGUGGCCGAUGUAUACCAAUUAAACAAUGUCCAAGAAAACCUUAAAACUAAAACUAAACCAAAGCAAUUUCUGUAUACUUUAUUAAAUUAGCUGA